AAUUUCGCUGAGCGCUCCUUGAAGGUUCUCCAGAGGCGGCUGGAAGCUCCAGUUCUCACCUGCCCGGGUGUCCGCGGCGCCGGGCGAGCCACCUUGGUCUGGAGCCCAGUGAGAGCUCAGCGCCGCGUGGGUGGGGUGCCCCCGAAAUCUCGUUUCGGAGGGCUCUGCUGGCUGCGGUGGGCGCAGAGGCCGAGCUGGGCGCUGGGGGGCGGACGGACAGACACCUGCCAGACGCCUCUCAUCCCCGCAGGGCGCCACACCCGCUGCGUGCGACUGGGGAAUAAGUGAGCGCCCGGCACGCAGAAAAGCUCCGGCUCGGGCUGCGCGCCGCGGGGCCGCCAGUUUGCGCUCAGGACCCCGGCGACCGCGCGGCCAUGGGCGCACCGCGGGCCAUCGGCGCCUUCGCGGUGUGGGACUACGUAGUGUUCGCCGGGAUGCUGCUCAUCUCGGCCGUCAUCGGCAUCUACUACGCCUUCGCGGGCGGCGGCCAGCAGACGUCCACGGACUUCUUGAUGGGCGGCCGCAGGAUGACCGCCGUGCCCGUGGCGUUGUCCCUCACCGCAAGCUUCAUGUCGGCCGUCACCGUCCUGGGCACCCCGUCGGAGGUCUACCGUUUUGGAGCCAUAUUCAGCAUCUUUGCCAUCACCUACUUCCUCGUGGUGGUCCUCAGUGCGGAGGUCUUCCUCCCCGUGUUCUACAAGCUGGGCAUUACCAGCACCUACGAGUAUUUAGAACUUCGAUUUAACAAAUGUGUUCGUCUCUGUGGAACAGUCCUUUUCAUUGUUCAAACAAUUCUGUAUACUGGAAUUGUUAUUUAUGCCCCUGCCCUGGCUUUGAAUCAAGUCACGGGAUUUGAUCUGUGGGGUGUAGUAGUGGCUACUGGUGUGGUCUGCACAUUCUACUGCACUAUGGGUGGUCUUAAAGCAGUUAUUUGGACGGAUGUUUUUCAAGUUGGAAUCAUGGUGGCUGGCUUUACAUCUGUGAUUAUAAAGGCUGCAUUGAUUCAAGGUGGAAUCAGCACUAUUAUAAAUGAUGCCUCCAAUGGAGGAAGAUUAAACUUCUGGAACUUUAAUCCUAACCCUUUGCAAAGACACACAUUCUGGACGAUUAUUAUAGGAGGGACCUUCACGUGGACCAGCAUCUAUGGUGUGAACCAAUCCCAAGUGCAGAGAUAUAUUUCCUGUAAAAGCAGGUUCCAGGCAAAACUGUCUCUCUACAUCAAUCUCGUGGGACUCUGGGUGAUCCUUGUCUGCUCCGUGCUUUGUGGGCUUGCCCUCUAUUCCAGGUACCAUGACUGUGAUCCUUGGACAGCCAAGAAAGUGUCUGCACCAGACCAGCUCAUGCCUUAUUUGGUACUGGACAUUCUGCAAGAUUAUCCAGGACUUCCUGGACUUUUUGUGGCCUGUGCUUACAGUGGAACAUUAAGCACAGUGUCCUCCAGUAUUAAUGCCUUAGCAGCAGUGACCAUGGAAGACCUAGUGAAACCUCGCUUCCCAUCUCUCUCGGAAAAGUCUCUCUCUUGGAUUUCACAAGGAAUGAGUGUGCUGUUUGGAGCCCUGUGUAUUGGCAUGGCUGCACUGGCUUCACUAAUGGGAGCUUUGUUGCAGGCAGCACUCAGCAUAUUUGGCAUGCUUGGUGGGCCACUUAUGGGCUUGUUUGCUUUGGGGAUUUUGGUUCCCUUUGCCAACUCAAUUGGAGCACUUGGGGGUCUGCUAGCUGGAUUUGCCGUUUCUCUGUGGGUCGGAAUUGGAGCUCAGCUUUAUCCCCCACUUCCUGAGAGAAUGAUGCCAUUAAGACUUGAAACCUAUGGCUGUAACAGCACAUACAAUGGAACAAAUUGGAUGACAACCACAGAAAUGCCAUUUUCUACCAGUGUUUCUCAAGUACAUAACAUUGAAAGGACUCCACUGAUGGAUAACUGGUAUUCUUUAUCAUAUCUAUACUUCAGCACUGUUGGAACUUUGGUAACAUUAUUUGUGGGAAUGCUUAUCAGUGUAUCAACAGGAGGAAGAAAACAAAACAUAGACUGCAGAUUCCUACUAACCAAAGAGGACUUUUUAUCUAAUUUCGACAUUUUUAAGAAAAAGAAGCAAGUUUUAGGCUAUAAAUCUCAUCCAGUAGAAGAUGGUGGAACUGAUAAUCCUGCCUUCAACCAUUUUGAAUUGAAUGGCACAGAUCAAAGCAGCAAGAUCAAUGGAACUCGUUUGUGAAGCAGCUGUGACGCUAAAUGAUCUUAAGCAGUGUGCCAGUUUUAUGUCUUCUAAAAUACUUGAAUCAGGUUUUAGUCUUUUUUUUUUUUGGUCUAUAAUGAGUACUUUGGAGGGAACUUCGGGGGAUCAUUUUGCUUAAGCAAAGCCCUGACUUUUUUUUUUUUAACUUUCUACACUCAUUAACUGAUGCAACUCUGGAGGUAAAAGUUUCAGCAUCAGCAUUUCCCUAUAACUCACUUUUAUUUCAGUGAAGCUGUAGUUGUGAAAGCUGUGACUAAUAUGUGCUGAAAAGCUAAUACAUACAUAUAACAUGUACUUGAUGGUUAAAAGAAUAUUCUUAUAUUAGGGCAUCAUUAAAAAUAUUUCCCAUGCAUUUGGUGCUAGCAUGUUUUAGAGUUUGCUGAAAUCGUAAUUGAUAUUGAAAAAGACCUUUCUCCCUCCACUCUGUUUUUAGGGAGCAAUGAAAUAAUGAGUCUAUGCUAACUAAAUCUUUGCUUCUCAUCAACCCCUAUCAGCCCAGGGCACAUAUUAAUCUUGGAAUUGAUUCUUGCUCAGGAGGGUGGUAAUCAAGAAGCAUCCUGUUUGGGACAGAACAUGGGCCCAAUAAUCAAGGCCUUCUUGGUACUACACAUCUAUUCUUAGGCCUUUUUGAUUGUUAUCUAUAGUUCCUGGCCACUGGCUGCUUAUAUUGCCUUUCUUAAACUCUGGUUCUUAUCUGGAUUCCAAUUUUCUGACCCAUUGACUUUGGUUUUGUUGUGCAUUUCAUGCUUGCUUGCCUUCCUAUUCAUAAUUUCCCAUUCAGUCUAUUGCCUUGUGCUUGCAUAUGUCUUAAGACACCCAGUGUGAAUCCUGUUACCCCAGAUCCUGGUUCACUGCAUCCCAGCCUAUAAAUAUAAACUCCCUCCCAUGAGUCUUAAAGUGAGCAGAGUACUGUCAACUAGGUACUUAUAGAUUUGGUGGUCUAAGAACAUACACAGAAUUAAAAAUGAUUAAGCUCCAUGGAAUUAGAAGAUUCCACUGAAUACUAUUAAGCUGCAUUUUUGAAAGUCAACUAACCUGCAAUCAUUUAAAUUUAAAGGUACAUAUGCUUAGACAUGGGUUGCCACCUGGCUCAGUGGUAAAGAAUAUACCUGCAAGGCAGGAGAUGCAGGUUUGAUGCCUGAGUCUGGAAGAUUCCCUGG